AUGCCCGUCCCAUAUCCUUUUAAGUUCACCACCCCCGACCAGCCAACCUCCUCCUGCAAUGGCGAAAUAACCUCCCUAACGAUCCAACUCGAGAAUGUCCGUGGCCGAAUCCCCUCUGCACAAGCAUCGCGCCUUCGGACGAUGAUGUUGGAAGCGCAUAACGAUCCCAGCAAGAUCAUCGCUCACGCCUGCUCAUACGACGGGCUGUCAUCGCGUCUUGUUGAAGAAGCCGGUUUCCCUAUUGUGUUUUUGGCCGGCUACACAGUGGCCAGUAGCUUUGGUCUACCAGAUACAGGGUACAUUGCAAUGGAGGAUCAGUGCAAGAGAAUCCAAGAAGUGGUGCGCCUGGUCAAAGUUCCUGUCAUGGCAGACGGGGAUACCGGUUACGGAGGUCCCAUGAAUGUCAAAAGAACAGUUGAGUCAUUCGCAGCUGCAGGCGCUGCUGGUAUUAUGAUUGAGGACCAGACCUGGCCCAAGCGAUGCGGACAUACAAAGGGCAAGUCCGUCGUUACCCGUGGUGAAGCCUACGCCCGUAUCCAGGCAGCUGUCGACGCCCGCAACGAGGGGCAGGACAUCUUCAUUCUUGCCCGGACCGAUGCCCUGAUACACGGCUGGGACGAAGCCCUAACCCGUGCCAAGGAGUUUAAGCGCAUCGGUGUCGACGCGGUCUUUGUCGAGGCCCUGCCGGAUAGGGAGUCAAUGCGGCGGUGUGUCCAGGAUGUUGGCAUUCCUACUUUUGCCAAUAUCAUUGAAGGUGGUAAGACAGAAAAUAUCUCGGCCAAGAAUCUCGCCGAGCUUGGUUUCUGCGCUGUAGCAUAUCCUUGGACGCUGGUCGCCGCUAGGCUUAAGAGUAUCCGCGAGACGCUGGACGCCCUGAAGAAGAGUAUGACUGAAGGGGCACCGCCAAUGAUUUUGAGCUAUGCAGAGGUCUGUGAGGGGGUUGGCUUCAACAAGUACUGGGUAGAGUUAGAAAAGCAACAGGAAGCUGGAGACUUGAUCAGAUAA